AUGAAACUGAUCGUUUUCUUAUCGCUUCUCUAUCUGACCUCUGGUUCAGAAGAGAAGAAGAGCAACAAGAGGAGUUUGAGUCUUGGAGGCAUCGGGGAGCACGACUUGCACGGCAUAGAACUUGGAGGCCAUGGGUUGGAUCUUGGAGAAGGUAUAAGCUUGGGUGAGCACGGAAUCGGAGGCGGCGGAGGAGGUGGAGGCUUGGAGGGUCACCACCACGAAGUCAAGACUAUUACCAUCACCAAGAAGAUUCCCAUUUUAGUGCCUCAGCCAUAUCCAGUCACCGUCACUAAACAUGUUCCGGUGCCCUACAAGGUCGAAGUGAAGGUUCCUGUGGAUCGUCCUUACCCAGUACCAGUGCCAAAACCAUACCCGGUAAUCGUGAAGAAACCAUACCCAGUCCUCAUCGAGAAAAAAAUACCGGUACCAAUAAAAGUUCCAGUAAAAGUCCCGUACCCGGUUAAAGUACCAGUACACGUCCCCAAACCGUACCCGGUUGAAGUACCAAAGCCAUACCCAGUCCACGUGAAGGUUCCAGUUUACAUCGAAAAGAAGGUACCGAUUCACAUUCCGGAACACAAGGAAGAAAGUGGAGGAAGUGACGGAUUGGAUUUGGGCGGCGAAGAAGUGGGUAAAUGGUGGUAG